AAAAUAAAAACUAAAAAGGAAAAGCAAAAAAGGGAGAUGUUUGGCACAUUUGUAAACCAAAAGUAGUGGGAGAACUAAGCCUUUUUUCCUUUCUUAAUAAACCUACCAAGUUAGAUUGUCGACAGAUACAUCGCCGUCUGCAAUCAACCGAACGCCGGCGAAGAACUACGGAGCAAAACAGUAAUCUUUGACGAUGGGUGGACUGCCGAUAGAGCAUACAUCCACAACCAUUUCCUUGUCGAAACUUCCAAAAGAUCAGAAGUCAGCCGCAUCUACAAUGCCCGAUUCAAAGCCAAAGAAGAAGAUUUGCUGCGCUUGCCCUGAAACUAAGAACCUGAGGGAUGAAUGUAUUGUGGAGCACGGUGAAUCUGCUUGUGAGAAAUGGAUUGAAGCUCAUCGUAAAUGUCUUCGAGCUGAAGGCUUCAAGGUCUGAUAUUAGUGAUAGAAGCAGAUUUCUAACUAAAAAGACAAACGAAGAUACAUUUUUUUGUAUAAUGCCCAGUUUGUUUUUGGGACCAUACAAGCUCUCAAUUAGCUAAUGUUUACAGAUCAUUUAUACAGAGGAAUUUUGUUUAUCCAAAGUUCAGGAAUAAAGCUAGGAAAUUGAAUAAUCGAUUUGCUUGGGCAGGAAA